GCCCGCACCGCCUGCGGGCGCACCCACUGCGCCGGCACCGCCAGUGCCCGCGCCACCGCCGGACAGCUGCGCUCGGACCCGGCAGCUCACCCAGCAGGAGCCACUAUGUCACCAUUUCUUCGAAUUGGUUUGUCCAACUUUGACUGCGGGUCCUGCCAGCCAUGUCAAGGAGAGGCCGUUAACCCUUACUGCGCUGUGCUGGUCAAGGAGUAUGUUGAAUCAGAGAAUGGGCAGAUGUACAUCCAGAAAAAGCCAACCAUGUACCCACCCUGGGACAGCACUUUUGACGCCCAUAUCAACAAGGGAAGAGUAAUGCAGAUCAUCGUGAAGGGCAAAAAUGUGGACCUAAUAUCUGAAACUACUGUCGAGCUCUACUCCCUGGCUGAGAGAUGCAGGAAGAACAACGGGAGGACAGAAAUAUGGUUAGAGCUGAAACCUCAAGGCCGAAUGCUAAUGAACGCAAGAUACUUCUUGGAAAUGAGUGACACAAAGGACAUGAGUGAAUUUGAGGCUGAAGGCUUCUUUGCUUUGCAUCACCGUCGAGGAGCCAUCAAACAGGCCAAAGUCCAUCAUGUCAAGUGCCAUGAGUUCACCGCCACCUUUUUCCCACAGCCCACGUUUUGCUCCGUCUGCCAUGAGUUUGUCUGGGGUCUGAACAAACAGGGCUACCAGUGUCGACAAUGUAAUGCAGCAAUUCACAAGAAGUGUAUUGAUAAAGUUAUAGCCAAGUGCACAGGAUCAGCUGUCAAUAGCCGAGAAACCAUGUUCCACAAGGAGAGGUUCAAAAUUGACAUGCCGCAUAGAUUUAAAGUCUACAAUUACAAAAGCCCAACGUUCUGUGAGCACUGCGGGACCCUGCUAUGGGGCCUGGCCAGGCAAGGGCUGAAGUGUGACGCAUGUGGCAUGAACGUGCAUCACCGAUGCCAGACAAAGGUGGCCAACCUAUGUGGCAUAAACCAGAAGCUGAUGGCCGAAGCACUGGCAAUGAUUGAGAGCACCCAACAGGCUCGCUGCUUAAGAGAUACUGAACACAUCUACAGAGAAGGUCCGGUUGAAAUUGGUCCCCCAUGCUCCAUAAAAGGUGAAGCAAGGCUGCCCUAUGUACUGGCAUCAGGGAAACGAGAGCCUCAGGGAAUCUCCUGGGAGUCUCCCUUGGAUGAGAUGGAGAAAAUAUGCCAUCAUCCGGAACCUGAGCCAAACGUAGAAAGACCAUCUCUACAUAUGAAGUUAAAAAUCGAGGAUUUUAUCUUGCACAAAAUGUUGGGGAAAGGAAGUUUUGGCAAGGUCUUUCUAGCAGAGUUCAAGAACACCAAUCAAUUUUUUGCAAUCAAAGCCCUAAAGAAAGACGUGGUUUUGAUGGACGACGAUGUUGAGUGUACAAUGGUAGAGAAGAGAGUUCUCUCCUUGGCCUGGGAGCAUCCAUUCCUAACGCACAUGUUCUGUACGUUCCAGACCAAGGAAAACCUCUUUUUUGUGAUGGAAUUUCUCAAUGGAGGAGACUUGAUGUACCACAUCCAGAGCUGCCACAAGUUUGACCUUCCCAGAGCCACGUUUUAUGCUGCUGAAAUCAUUCUUGGUCUGCAGUUCCUCCAUUCCAAAGGCAUUGUCUACAGGGAUCUGAAGCUAGAUAAUAUCCUGCUAGACAAAGAUGGGCAUAUCAAGAUCGCGGACUUCGGAAUGUGCAAGGAGAACAUGUUAGGAGAUGCCAAGACGAACACUUUCUGCGGGACCCCUGACUACAUCGCCCCGGAGAUCUUGCUGGGUCAGAAAUACAACCAUUCUGUUGACUGGUGGUCCUUUGGUGUCCUCCUCUAUGAAAUGCUAAUUGGUCAGUCACCUUUCCACGGGCAAGAUGAAGAAGAGCUCUUCCACUCCAUCCGCAUGGACAACCCCUUUUACCCCCGAUGGCUGGAGAGGGAGGCUAAGGACCUUUUAGUGAAGCUUUUUGUGAGGGAGCCAGAAAAGAGGCUGGGAGUGAGGGGAGACAUCCGCCAGCACCCUUUGUUUCGGGAGAUCAAUUGGGAAGAACUUGAAAGAAAGGAGAUUGACCCACCGUUCAGGCCUAAAGUGAAAUCACCAUAUGACUGCAGCAAUUUUGAUAAGGAAUUCUUAAAUGAGAAACCCCGGCUGUCAUUCGCGGACAGAGCACUGAUUAACAGUAUGGACCAGAACAUGUUCAGAAACUUUUCUUUCAUUAACCCGGGGAUGGAGACGCUGAUAUCCUGAAUCCCAUCUUCAGACACACGGAGGGAUUUGCCUUCUCUCUGUGAACUGGUUCGAGUGACACUCCUUGGGUUCCUUUUCAACUUGGGAAAGAAAAGAAACACUCAACAACAAAGGCUGAGGCCUUUCAGCUCCCCACUGACUUUGCAUCUGUAGCAGAAACCAACUCAACUUCACUAAUGACACCACCUUUGGUUUCUCUGAUCUUUCACAGCUAUUCUUGAAGUUAGGUCAUGACUAACCAUAGUUAUUUACUUGAAAGAUGGCUCUUCGCACUGGGAAAUAUGUGAAAACUUAAUUCUGCUCUAUAUGAUGGCUCUUCACUUGUGCAUCAACUGCUGAUCAAUGAAAUACCUGAUGACUCAAGGAGCAAAGUGAGAACAAAUGUCUCAAGACUAAAACAGCAUGUUGCCUGGUGUAGUAAUGGAUUUCAUUCAAGUGCAGACAAGUAAUCACUAACCCAUUUUAUUCUAUGUACACCUGUGGAAGUGUGUGUGUGG